AUGGCGUCCAUUCUCAGCACCCCUCCAGAGAUUUUGCACCCAGUACUUGCAUCUCUGUCACCCAGCGACCUUUAUGCAGUAUGCCUUACACAUCGAUACUUGCGCUCUCUUGCCGAGCCAUUCCUCUACUCCCGUAUUCAGUGGACAUGGACAAACUCUCAGAACCCCCCAAUCAUUCGAUUCUUGCGCAGCAUCGUGCAGAGGGUCGAGCUCGCCAGCUAUGUCCGUGUUGUCAUCCUCAACGGAAACACUUUCGAACGCAAAUGGCGUGACUAUCAACACGAAAGUCCCAAACUCCCAGUCACUGAGUUUGUCUUGGACGAGCUGGUAGAGUGCAUCGAGAAGACUCAAGUUCCCUACGCCGAGCAAUGGAUCCAAGAAUUGCGCGUUGGGACGAUGGACGCGUUUCUAGCGCUUUUAUUAUCUCAGCUCCCCAACCUGGCGUGUCUCUACCUGGCCAAGAACUUUUCCCGAAAGAGCCGCUUGACGGGCAUGAUGUUUCGCUCCGCCCUCUGUGAUAGAUCCCAAGAUCAUCAUCUUCCUUCUUUUACCCGUCUUCAAGAUGUGACAAGUGUGUAUCCUGGCCUUGGUUUGGACAUUCGUAAAUACACGGAAAUCAGGAACACAGCAGACGUCCUCUCCCUCUUCUACUUGCCGUCAGUUGAACGAAUCAGAAUUUUGGUCGAUAACCCUUCCACUACUUUGAUCUGGCCCGGGGAACGCCCACCAAAUCCAUCGAGACUUGCGUCGCUCGACUUGACCAUGUUACGCGAAGGGCCUCUCGGUCAAGUGUUAUCAGUCACUCGAGGGCUUCAGAAGCUUAGAUGGGAUUGGUACUACCGCCUGGAUCUUCAUGAUCGUUUUGUCACGGAUAUUAUCAAUUUGGAUCAAAUCGCUGCAGACUUAUCUCACGUUCAAGAGACUUUGACCGACUUGACUAUCACGGCAGGGUCAGACGUCUCACAGGCGGAUCCUGAAAAACCGGAGCUCACAUUUCGCGGGUCUUUCACUCCUUUUCGAGGACUCGACGAGCUGAAAAGAUUGGAGGUUCCGAUGGCACUUCUGUUUGGAUUUGCUCCGUGGGAACCAAAUGUGGUUCCCCUCAAGGAAGCACUACCGAAAAACAUAGAGUGGCUGACUAUCACGGACGAUCUAUGCCUGCAGCAGGAAUGGGAAUGGACAUAUGAAAGUGAAUACCUAUCGAGGAUUGUUGGAUCAUGGCUACAAGGCUGGAAGGAAUUUACCCCUCGCCUCCGAGGAUUCUGUCUGUUGGGCAAAUUUAGAAAAGUGCGAGAUUGGGAUUCUGCGAUGAUACAGGGUUUCAGAGAUAUAGGGGCUCAGACGGGCAUUCAGGUUGAAAUAAUUGAAGACGGAAGAGCCACGGAAGCCGGUCAAAUGGAACGGCUCUAA